ACAAAAUAUUUUAUCCCUUUAGUAAGACAUGAAGAAUGUUUUGGACUGUUCCUCCUCUCAACGUGGUACCAGCAACCCAAUUAAGAAUCUUAAAGAGGUCUGACUCAAAAAUUGAAGUGUUUGAGUGGUUACUUUAAAGGAACCAACUCGAGAAAAAAGAGCUUUUGUGAGACAUGUCUGUGUGGAUUUGUUUCAUUCUGAAUAAUUAAGCUGUGAAACACAGCUUCAGUAAUUCGUUGCAACUGUGGAGUCGUUGACUUGUUGUAAGAUCGGUAAUACUGGUAUUAGAAACAUGGCUCACGAUGUGUGGUUGCUAAGAGGAUUUGUAGUGGUUUGUUUUUUCCUGUGUGUUUUAACAGGCGUGGAAACUUUUCCUGUCAAGACUAAUCUUCACCACGUUUGGCCCGAGGUAAAACAUGAAGGCAACUUAACACACGAGGAAUCAACGGCGGUCCUUCCGCACAGGGAAUCGCGGAAUAAGUGGUUGACUGGUGGCCAUUUAACACCUCAGACUAAGCGAGGUGAUAAGGGAAGAACUGGAAAGACAAGAACGAUUAGAUCCCGGAUUCAGAUACUGGAUAAGUAUUAUGUCAAUCCUGAUAAAGUGAAGAGAAAAGUUACCAAGGAAAGCUCUUUAAAGGACGAUAAUGAACAGUCAGCUUUAUUAUUAAAAGACCCAGAACUAACUGCACAUAGUAACAAGUUUAUGGAUAGUGCCCUCAGAGAGGUGCCAUUUUACGCUGACAUAAACUCCGUAAAUUCAGUGGAAGGUUCCGCGAUUGUCAAUAUUGCUUCGCUACUCGAGAAGUCAAGGAAAUCUCAGGCUGUUAAGAGGAACAACGUUGGCAGAAUACCUGCAAGCUCUCGAUAUCAUUCCCUUAGGCAAGAAAGCACUGAACACCCGGGCUGGAUGUCCAUGACACCGUCUCGCUUCAGAUAUUUGAACUCGCUUAUUAAACCACAAAUGGGAGAAAUAUCUGACGAUUUGAAUGAUUUAGAGGCUCUACGUAAUCAUGCCAAGGACGUUAAGGCAAGAGCGUGGAGUAGUGGUUUGAAAUCUUUCCAGCAAAAGCUUUAUGGUCAAUUAUGGGACGAAAGGUCUGAAACAGUAAAAAACGCUAAAAAACGUGCAAAAAGUGCCUCCUAUACAAUGAAAGAGCAAAGUGAUAAAGGAGCAUCCAACACAGAAACGGAGAACGCUGCGGGAUAUCGCUCCAGCGACCUGUUUUUAUUAGGGAAUCCAGAUGAUAGACACUAUUUUCAAAGUGCGUUUAUGGAAAAUCCUAUGGCGAUCAAUCUUAUAACAGCUGGUUCAGCACAAGAUGAGCCUUUUCAAAACAAAGGUUCAAUUGUACGACCGACGACUCCCUGGAAGAUGAAUGGAGCAACUGUGCCUUUAAGAGAAGAGGAAAUACUGGGAAAGUUUCAAGGAGAGAGUGAAACAACUGAGACUGCAUCGUUGUCUUCAGGAGACGAUUCUUAUUCAGGCGAGAACAGUGAUGAUCUAAAUAAGAAGUUAAAGACAGCUUUAGGACUUGCCAUCCAAACUGACAUAAGGAUAAAGAACACAACGUCUCAUGCCUUACUUCAACCUUACAGAGAAAAAGCUUUAUCUCACAUUGAGGAAGAAAGUGAUGACAUGUAUAAUGAAACCAAAGGAAAUGGGAGCAUAGAAGACAAAAAAGUGAAUCCUUUACAACAUUUCAGACCCACAAAGAAGAGACAUUUUACAAAACCAACCUCUUUGAUUACCAACAGAAGGACAACAAUUCCAUUUCCAAAAUUGGGUCUGGCUCAUGACACGUCUGCUCAUGGCAGCGGAGGAGAGUCAGGUAGUGGUGAUCAUUUUGUGUCAGCACAUGAACACCAUCAGAAACAAGUUCAUCCACAUAGGAUAACCAAAGUUUUCCUAUCGACAAAGACGAAGCAACAUACAGGUAUUUUUGGAGCUGAAGACAAGGCAACAAUAACGAAAUGCGAAAAAAUGGGAAAAACUGAUUACAGAGAGAGGUGUCCUCAUGGAUGGCUUGCAUUCGACGAAUUCUGCUAUUUGUUUGUCUCAAAAUCAAAUGGGAGAUGGGAAGAGUUUCCACAAAAGUGCAAUAAAGAAAAUGGUCUUCUUGCGAUGCCGAAAACAGACGGAGAAGUACAAUUUUUACAAAAUAAAAUUGUGUCGUUGAAACAUCGCACAAAAAAUUUCUACAUAGGACUGCGAAAGAAGGGAGGAAUCUGGACAUGGAUUGAUGAUGUACCCUACACACGUGACGUUGACGUAAAAGAUGAGCUGGGGAACAAAAAUUGCGCGGCUCUAUUUGAAGGUUCCAUCAACAUGGUUUCGUGCAGAGAGCCGAAGGCUGGUUACAUAUGCGAAAUAAGGAAAGGAGUGCGGGUAUUGCCUAUUCUUGCGUUUGGCGACAGCCUGACAAACGGUUUCCAUGCUGAUGAUUUAAGUCACACGCCGUACGGCAACACUCUGGAGUUUCUGCUGAACAAAGACCAACACAGAUGUUACACUGUGACUACAGUAGCUAAAGACGGUACUGAAGCGGCAGAAAUGUCUUCCAGGCUUCAAGAUCAUCUAAAACGCGCUAAAUCCAAAUAUUCCUGGAUCAUAAUACUAGCUGGCACAAACGAUAUCGCUCACAACAGCCACGAUCGGAACAGAAGAGCCUGGGACAAAGCGGCAGAACGCAUCAUAAACCUUCACAUCACAUCUCAUCGCUAUGGCGCGAAAACGGUGGCGGUCACCAUCCCUGAGAUGGACUGCGAGGAAUCCAAGAGACCACCUUGCCUUCACACACAUUUGGAAAGGAGAUACAUCAAUGAAAAAUUGAGAUAUUACGCAAGAUCCAACGAAUUUACCAUCCUUUGUGAUCUUGCGGAUAAAUUUCCACGAUACUCGUUAAGUAGCGAGGAACGAAAACAAAUGUGGGAGGUGGGAUUGCAUAUGAAGUCUGCUGGGUAUGAACGAAUGGCAGAGAUCAUUUAUAAAGACCUGUUAGCCCAUGUUUGACAUCAGCUCAGUAGAGCUACGGUGUUGCAUGUUGCUUUAAAGAAACUAAAAGGCAAGGGGUUCCAUGUAAGAUUUUACUUGGUUAGCUUCUAAAUCUUUGUUUAUGGUAGGAAGCUGUAGCUCUUCUGACAUUGUUCAACUCUGAACCAUACCAAAGAAGGAACAUGUACAACGAUGCUUGCAAUUUUUGUGUCUAAAGCCAGUUCAGAUAGUGCUACUGGUUCUCAUACGCAGACAGUAUCCAGUGAGGCAUUGGAUUAUUAUGAAAGUUAGUAAUAAUGCAUAAAUUCCUAUUGAUUAUUUCAUAGCGUAAAUGUUAUGCACUUUCCAACUAAAUUAACAGGGAAAUAAAGAAGAACUGAAAAGAUGAGUACAUCUUUGUAAAGGAAGCCCGCAGCUAUACCUAUCAUUUGA